AUGGAUGAGUCGCCGUUGAGGCUGACACAGUCCUACAGUUCUUCAACCAUGGAUUACAUAAGCGGAUGGUGUAAAAGUAAACGACUUUUGGAAGGUCACACGAUCAUAGUCACAGGUGCCAAUAGUGGAAUUGGAAAAUACACUGCACUAGAUCUGUUUCAAAGGGGCGCCACAGUUAUCAUGGCAUGUCGAAAUACGACCAAAGCGGAGGAAGCGAAAAUCGAAAUAGAAAAUAUGGCUGUCAACGCUAAAGUGAGAGGAAAAUUAAUAAUAGAAAAACUGGAUUUAUCCAGUUUGAAGUCAGUGCGCGGCUUCUGUUUGCGAAUGCUGGAGAGCGAGACACGUAUAGACGUCUUGAUAAAUAACGCGGGAGUUAUGUGGUGCCCCAAUGGAAGGACGGAGGAUGGCUUCGAAACUCAUAUAGGCACAAAUCACUUCGGGCAUGCGCUCCUGACACUGUUGCUGCUUCCAAGGCUUAUUAAAAGCACCCCCGCCAGGGUUGUCACUGUCGCAUCAAUGGCGAAUAUUGUCUACAGCCUCGAUUUGGAUGACAUCAACGUGGAGAAAACUGGCUACGGUGGUUUUAAAGCAUAUAGUAAAAGCAAGUGCGCAAAUAUACUCUUCUCGAGGGCUUUGCAUUUGAAACUCCAGGAACAUGGUAUCAAUGGCGUUACGACAUACAGCCUACAUCCGGGUAUUGUAGGUACAGAACUCGGUCGACAUCUGGAUUCGUCGAUUAUUAGUGGGGCGACGUGGGUGUUUAAUAAUGUUUUGAAACUGAUGAUUAAAUCGAGCCGUUGCGGCGCGCAGACGAAUAUCUACUGUGCAGUCGAUGAGGGCUGCGCGAACGAAAGCGGGCAUUAUUAUAGUGAAUGCAGUAAAUCGAUCGUGUUGUCCAAACAAUGUAAGAACGAUGACUACGCGUUGAAGCUUUGGGAUUUAACAAUUGAAAAGUUGAAAUUGCAGGGGUACGAUCCGUUCAACACCAUGAGCCUGGACAGAAAAUAUUUGCAAGUGGAA